AUGCGAAGCGCCACCUAUUAUUAUAGAGUGUCAGAAACUCUCGGCUGUAUGAAAGCCAACUCUAGCGCGUUUUCUGGUAGCUGCAUGGUUGCAUCACGAACCGGACGUGGAGAAAACAUUAACCCGAAGAAUAUCACGUAUGACAGCACGAUACCCAUUGAGCUUCUUUGGUGCUCUGCCCAGCAUCAGGCUUCAGGUUCUAGAAGGCAGGUGCUCGAAUUUUCAUUCCUCAUCUCAUGUUACACGACGUUAGCUCUCUGUGCUUGGACUUCUUACGGUCCCGAACGUUUAUGCUGGACGCUCUGGAUGACGAAGUAUCCGCAAUCAAGCUGUGUGAAUGGUGACUACUGUGAGACAAAGAAGCUCAGAGAAGAGACCGAUGCGCAGGGGGAGAGUGCAUUCAAUGGGGAUUCAUCUAGAGAACUAAACGAGAAACGGGAGGCCGAAGGCAUGUGUUUCUGUAACGAGAGGGAAGAAGUUAUGAUAGACCUGGCAGGAGAGGAUGUCAGGAAGAUGAAGAAAAUGUAUAAGAAACGAACAAAGAUAUUUGGUGACGCGAUUAGAACCGAACGAGUUCGAAAGGGAGACAUCAUCAACAACACAUUCUUCACGCCAUUGCUCAAGCGGAAACCUUUCCAGAAACUUCAACGCGAAGAAAGCAAGACGCCCCUUUGUCGGGAUUCUCAGCCAUCGAAUAAAUGGAUAACCGAACAAGCUUCUUUCGCACUCUCAUACGGAUUCUCAAUCCCGACGCCCUCCACCCCAGCUACUCUCCUAUUUCUCGCGAAACCCGACGUGCUCCCACUUACCACUAUUACAACAGUAGCGGGCAAAUCAAAAGCCGAUGUUUGGCAAAGGUACGUGAGUGCGCUCAAGCGGGAUGGUUCAGUUUGCGUAGCACAGAAACCGCCGCUCUCAGUCCUGGAUUUACAUGUCCUAGAUCAUGUGAGAGCAAGUGAGGGAUUUUCAGGUGAUGUUUGGAUGGGACGACAGAAUUGGAAACAAAUGAGGGGUAAUUUACCUUCAAACAACUCGAUUUCGGUCUACAGUGCAAAACAGCUCACAAUCGGGCUCAACCUUGGCUACUCUAUGCCUACCCGUCAACCAACUGGAGCGGGUCGGCCGCCCUCCCUACUUGUGCAUCCUUUCGCUGCUAGACCUGUUCAGCCAGAACCUGCAAUCAGCCUCACGAUCCCAUCGCCCACCCACAGUGCAGUGCCAUGGUUCUCGAAACCCGGAGGCUAUCGUUUUGCCUUACAAUUUCCAUGUACAAGUUCCAAUGAUACCAAGAAGGAUCGUGGCUCCAGUCAUCUGCCAACUUGCUACCCAAAUUAUCCCGAACAACAAGCUGGGAGGAAAGAAUCCAACGGCGAGAACCCGCCAAAUCUUGACCUAAUCCCAGUCUUCCUCGCAGCAGAUACCCCACGCUUCCGUUAG